GAAAAACGUUAAACCCCCACUCGAUCGUCCUUCUUUCCUCCUCCCAUUUUAUCUCUUUUAUUUCUCCUUUUUCCCACCGGCAGCCGCUCUGAUUUCUUUCCUCUCUUUCAGUUUCUCUCUUUGCCGCAACCUCACAGCUGCCGUCGCAGCCUCUCCGUCUCUCCGUCGCUCAUCGUCGAGAUAAUUUUUUCCCCAUUAUCAGGUUGAUUGGUGCAAUGGGAAGGAAGAAAACAGAAGAAGGCGGUGGUUCCAAAGUCAAGCCUGGUAAAGAUGUUCCUGGGAAGAGAGAGAAGCUUUCAGUGUCAGAAAUGCUUGCCAGUAUGGAUCAGAAAUCAGAUAAACCAAAAAAGGGAUCUUCAUCUUUGGGUGGUGGUGCUAAACCUCAAGCAAAGGCUCCAAAAAAGGUUGCAGCCUACACUGAUGGCAUUGAUCUCCCUCCCUCAGAUGAUGAGGAAGAAGAAAUUGUGUCUGAUGGGGAGCAACAGAGUACCAGUUCCCAGAAACGGCUACCCUGGCAGGACCGGGCCGAGGUUAAGCCUCUGGAGGUGGCUGUAAGUGACAAAGAGUUGAAAAAACGAGAGAGGAAAGAUAUGUUUGCAGCCCAUGCUGCAGAACAGGCCAGACAAGAAGCUCUAAAAGAUGACCAUGAUGCUUUCACUGUUGUAAUUGGUAGCCGAGCUUCGGUUCUUGAUGGUAAUGAUGAAGCUGAUGCAAAUGUCAAAGACAUUACAAUCGAUAAUUUCUCUGUUUCAGCUAGAGGGAAAGAGCUUUUAAAAAAUGCAUCAGUGAAGAUAUCUCACGGGAAGAGGUAUGGUUUAGUUGGGCCUAAUGGUAUGGGAAAGUCCACAUUAUUAAAGCUCCUCGCUUGGAGGAAGAUACCAGUUCCUAAAAAUAUUGAUGUCCUGUUGGUUGAACAAGAGGUGGUUGGUGAUGAUAGAACUGCACUCCAAGCAGUUGUUUCUGCUAAUGAGGAGCUGGUCAAGCUUCGGCAAGAAGUUGCUGAUUUGCAGAAUUUUGAUGGUGGUCAAGAUGACAAUGAUGAUGAUGAUGCGGGAGAGAGGCUUGCUGAGUUAUAUGAAAAGUUGCAGCUCUUGGGAUCAGAUGCAGCUGAGGCUCAAGCUUCCAAAAUUCUUGCUGGACUGGGUUUUAGCAAGGAUAUGCAAGCACGUCCCACCCGUUCAUUUAGUGGUGGAUGGAGGAUGAGAAUUUCAUUGGCUCGGGCUCUUUUUGUUCAGCCAACACUUCUAUUACUAGAUGAACCCACAAAUCAUCUAGACCUUAGGGCCGUUCUCUGGUUGGAGGAGUACCUCUGUCGGUGGAAGAAAACACUUGUUGUUGUGUCACAUGAUCGAGAUUUCCUCAACAGUGUUUGCAAUGAAAUUAUUCAUCUUCAUGACUUUAGGCUUCAUUUUUAUCGUGGAAAUUUUGAUGAUUUUGAAAGUGGGUAUGAGCAGCGACGGAAAGAAAUGAACAAGAAGUUUGAGAUAUAUGAUAAGCAGGUGAAAGCAGCUAAGAGGUCUGGAAGCAGGGCUCAGCAAGAGAAGGUGAAAGACCGAGCAAAAUUUGCUGCUGCUAAGGAAGCCUCAAAGAACAAGUCCAAGGGAAAGGUUGAUGAAGAUGAGCCCCUGCCAGAAGCUCCCAGAAAGUGGAGAGAUUACAGUGUAGAAUUCCACUUCCCUGAACCCACCGAGCUCACCCCACCAUUAUUGCAGUUGAUUGAAGUAAGCUUCAGCUAUCCAAAUAGGGAAGAUUUUCGACUUUCUGAUGUUGAUGUGGGAAUUGAUAUGGGAACUCGGGUUGCUAUUGUUGGGCCCAAUGGAGCGGGGAAAUCUACUCUUCUGAACCUGCUCGCAGGUGAUUUGGUACCAACAGAAGGUGAAGUUCGUAGGAGCCAGAAGUUGAGGAUUGGGAGGUACUCGCAACAUUUUGUAGACCUUCUGACAAUGGAGGAAACACCAGUUCAAUAUCUUCUUCGUCUUCAUCCUGAUCAAGAAGGUCUAAGUAAGCAGGAGGCUGUUCGUGCUAAGUUGGGGAAGUUCGGACUUCCUAGCCACAAUCACCUCACGCCGAUUGCUAAAUUGUCUGGGGGCCAAAAAGCCAGGGUUGUUUUUACCUCAAUUUCCAUGUCAAAGCCACACAUAUUACUGCUUGAUGAACCAACAAAUCACUUGGACAUGCAGAGUAUUGAUGCACUUGCUGAUGCCUUGGAUGAGUUCACUGGUGGAGUUGUUCUCGUUAGUCAUGAUUCCCGACUCAUAUCACGUGUCUGCGAGGAUGAAGAAAAAAGUGAAAUUUGGGUUGUUGAAAAUGGCACUGUGGAGUUUUUCCCUGGAACUUUUGAGGAAUACAAGGAACAAUUGCAAAAGGAGAUCAAAGCUGAGGUUGAUGAUUAGAUAAGUUAUCUUGAGAAAGACGUCGGAUUUUCGAGUAGCACAUUCUACUUUAUCCUUUUUGGUUUCUGAUGUUUACUUUACAUUUUAAGUAUUCAGGUCAAUGUGUCCUAAUUCUGUAAUAUCCUUCGUGCGUGAAUUACUUAUAAUUCGGGUAUGUACAAUUAGAGAGAGAAUUGUCAUGAGUUUUGCUCGAGCUACUGUAACAUAUUCUAUUAAGAAUUUCACAGUAUUCAAAAUUUUUGGUUCCUUCUUUA